AGCUGAGACCGCCAUUGCCGUCGGCGGCGACAAUGAUGUUGGUGGUGCUGGCUGGAAGGGCGCGUUGGAGCGGUGGAUGCGGCAGGAAGGGUCUAUCGGCAAUGCGAGCGGCGCACCUGUUGGUCCGCGCCUGCUGCAGUAUCUACUAGACUACGUCUUUUCCCCCGCUGAGUGUGAAAGUCAGCGGAAGGGUGCGGCGGUGUUGGUGCAGCCAAGCACGGCACGGCGGUGGCUGGGGCUCGCGUUGGGAACAGCAUCCGAGGAGGAGGCUGCCGUAGAUGCCAUGAUGGCCCGCUACAUGAAGCGACACCGAAGUCCGUGA